AUCUUCCCUGGGGCAGGAGAUCCGUGAUCGAUGGGGUGACAGCAGCCCUGUCCCCUGGCACAGGGCAGCACGUACAAGCAGACUCAUCCCUGCCCGAGCCCCUUCAGCCCUUUCCAUCCUUUGCUUCCCCAAAUUAAUUCCCUCUUUUUCUUCCCCCAGUUGCCGGAGCAGCAAUAGGAAGAGCUUAGUGGUGGGCACCCCCUCUCCGACCCUCUCGCGGCCUCUCUCCCCUCUCUCCGUGCCAACAGCUGGGAGCAGCCCCUUGGACAGCCCACGCAACUUCUCCGCCAGCACCUCCAUCAACUUCCCCUUCGCUCGCAGCCAUGCUCCUCGGACUGACAGGGCUGAUGGCAGAAGGUGGUCACUGGCUUCGUUACCCUCCUCUGGCUAUGGGACCAACACCCCCAGCUCCACUGUCUCGUCGUCUUCGUCCUCCCAGGAGCGCCUGCACCAGCUGCCGUACCAGCCCACCCCCGAUGAGCUGCAUUUCCUUUCUAAGCAUUUCCGCAGUACGGAGAGCGUCACGGACGAGGAGGGGCGGCACUCGCCCUGCCUGCGCCCACGAUCCAGGAGCCUCAGCCCUGGACGGACGAGUGGAACGUUUGAUAACGAGGUUGUGAUGAUGAACCAUGUCUACAAGGAGCGGUUCCCCAAGGCCACAGCCCAAAUGGAAGAGCGUCUGCAGGACACCAUCACAAACUUCUCUCCAAGCAGCACUCUGCCGCUGGCAGACGGGGUGCUGGGCUUCAUCCACCACCAGAUCAUCGAGCUGGCUCGUGACUGCCUGGCGAAGUCCCAGGGAGCUCUCAUCACCUCCCGCUACUUCAUGGAGCUGCAGGAGAAACUUGAGAAGAUGCUCCGAGAUGCUCAGGAGCGUUCGGAGAGUGAGGAGGUGAAGUUCAUUGACCAACUGGUGAGGAAGCUGCUGAUCAUCAUCUCCCGUCCUGCUCGCCUUCUGGAGUGCCUGGAGUUUGACCCAGAAGAGUUUUACCACCUCCUGGAAGCUGCAGAAGGACACGCCAAAGUUGGCCAGGGAAUAAAGACCGAUAUUCCCCGAUACAUCAUCAGUCAACUGGGUCUCGUCAAGGACCCACUGGAGGAAAUGGUCCAGCUGGAUCACUUUGACAGCGGGAACACCAUCACGCCGGAGAACGAUGAUGCCUGUGAGAGCCAGCCUUUGACCACCGCUCCUCGGAGGAAGCCCUGUGAGGGGGACUUUGAGACCAUCAAGCUGAUCAGCAACGGGGCUUACGGGGCCGUGUACCUGGUGAGGCACAGGGAGACGCGGCAGCGCUUUGCCUUGAAGAAAAUCAACAAGCAGAACCUCAUCCUGAGGAACCAGAUCCAGCAGGUGUUUGUGGAGAGGGACAUCCUCACCUUCGCGGAGAACCCCUUUGUGGUCAGCAUGUUCUGCUCCUUCGAGACCAAGCGACACCUCUGCAUGGUGAUGGAGUACGUGGAAGGGGGCGAUUGUGCCACAUUGCUGAAGAACAUGGGCCCACUGCCUGUUGACAUGGCGAAGAUGUACUUCGCUGAGACCGUUCUGGCACUGGAGUAUCUCCACAACUACGGCAUUGUCCACCGGGACCUCAAACCCGACAAUUUACUCAUCACCUCCAUGGGCCACAUAAAGCUGACAGACUUCGGUCUGUCAAAGAUUGGCUUGAUGAACAUGACCACAAACCUCUACGAAGGUCACAUGGAGAAGGACACUCGGGAGUUCAUGGACAAGCAGGUGUGUGGCACUCCGGAGUACAUCGCCCCAGAAGUCAUCCUCAUACAAGGCUACGGGAAGCCUGUCGACUGGUGGGCCAUGGGCAUCAUCCUCUAUGAGUUCCUGGUGGGCUGCGUCCCCUUCUUCGGAGACACUCCCGAGGAGCUCUUUGGGCAGGUCAUCAGUGAUGAAAUUAUGUGGCCGGAAGGGGACGAGGCUCUUCCUGCGGACGCCCAGGACCUCAUCACGCGGUUGCUGAGACAGAGUCCCCUCGAGCGCUUGGGCACUGGGGGUGCACACGAGGUGAAGCACCAUUCCUUCUUCCUCCACCUGGACUGGAACGGGCUGCUGCGGCAGAAGGCCGAGUUCAUCCCCCAGCUGGAGUCGGAGGACGACACCAGUUACUUCGACAGUGAGGCCAAAUCCAUCCCCAUCCCUCCCUCCAACCCCCUCCCCAAUCCCAUAUCCCAUCUGGAUGAUCCCAUGGGAGAGGAAGGAACAAAUAGCUCUCCAGGGGCGGUAGCUAUUUACAUAGAUGUAAAUGACUUGGACCUUGUAACACAACUGGCUUCCUCCCUCCGCAGCCCUGGACGGACGAGUGGAACGUUUGAUAACGAGGUUGUGAUGAUGAACCAUGUCUACAAGGAGCGGUUCCCCAAGGCCACAGCCCAAAUGGAAGAGCGUCUGCAGGACACCAUCACAAACUUCUCUCCAAGCAGCACUCUGCCGCUGGCAGACGGGGUGCUGGGCUUCAUCCACCACCAGAUCAUCGAGCUGGCUCGUGACUGCCUGGCGAAGUCCCAGGGAGCUCUCAUCACCUCCCGCUACUUCAUGGAGCUGCAGGAGAAACUUGAGAAGAUGCUCCGAGAUGCUCAGGAGCGUUCGGAGAGUGAGGAGGUGAAGUUCAUUGACCAACUGGUGAGGAAGCUGCUGAUCAUCAUCUCCCGUCCUGCUCGCCUUCUGGAGUGCCUGGAGUUUGACCCAGAAGAGUUUUACCACCUCCUGGAAGCUGCAGAAGGACACGCCAAAGUUGGCCAGGGAAUAAAGACCGAUAUUCCCCGAUACAUCAUCAGCCAACUGGGUCUCGUCAAGGACCCACUGGAGGAAAUGGUCCAGCUGGAUCACUUUGACAGCGGGAACACCAUCACGCCGGAGAACGAUGAUGCCUGUGAGAGCCAGCCUUUGACCACCGCUCCUCGGAGGAAGCCCUGUGAGGGGGACUUUGAGACCAUCAAGCUGAUCAGCAACGGGGCUUACGGGGCCGUGUACCUGGUGAGGCACAGGGAGACGCGGCAGCGCUUUGCCUUGAAGAAAAUCAACAAGCAGAACCUCAUCCUGAGGAACCAGAUCCAGCAGGUGUUUGUGGAGAGGGACAUCCUCACCUUCGCGGAGAACCCCUUUGUGGUCAGCAUGUUCUGCUCCUUCGAGACCAAGCGACACCUCUGCAUGGUGAUGGAGUACGUGGAAGGGGGCGAUUGUGCCACAUUGCUGAAGAACAUGGGCCCACUGCCUGUUGACAUGGCGAAGAUGUACUUCGCUGAGACCGUUCUGGCACUGGAGUAUCUCCACAACUAUGGCAUUGUCCACCGGGACCUCAAACCCGACAAUUUACUCAUCACCUCCAUGGGCCACAUAAAGCUGACAGACUUCGGUCUGUCAAAGAUUGGCUUGAUGAACAUGACCACAAACCUCUACGAAGGUCACAUGGAGAAGGACACUCGGGAGUUCAUGGACAAGCAGGUGUGUGGCACUCCGGAGUACAUCGCCCCAGAAGUCAUCCUCAUACAAGGCUACGGGAAGCCUGUCGACUGGUGGGCCAUGGGCAUCAUCCUCUAUGAGUUCCUGGUGGGCUGCGUCCCCUUCUUCGGAGACACUCCCGAGGAGCUCUUUGGGCAGGUCAUCAGUGAUGAAAUUAUGUGGCCGGAAGGGGACGAGGCUCUUCCUGCGGACGCCCAGGACCUCAUCACGCGGUUGCUGAGACAGAGUCCCCUCGAGCGCUUGGGCACCGGGGGUGCGCACGAGGUGAAGCACCAUUCCUUCUUCCUCCACCUGGACUGGAACGGGCUGCUGCGGCAGAAGGCCGAGUUCAUCCCCCAGCUGGAGUCGGAGGACGACACCAGUUACUUCGACACUCGCUCCGAGAGGUACCGCCACUUGGAUUCGGAGGAUGAAGAAACCAACGACGAGGAAUCCUCCGUGGAGAUCGGGCAGUUCUCCUCCUGCUCCCACCGCUUCAGCAAGGUGUACAGCAGCUCCGAAUUCUUGGCGGCUCACUCCAACCUCAGCCUCUCCUCCUCCGACCGGAGUCACAGCGAGGACAAAGAGGAGCGAUGGGACAGGCACUCGGGAGACGAGGAGAGGAGCCGGCUGGCGGGCCCCGAGCCCCGCCUCCGCUCCUGGACAUCCUGCAGCUCCACGCCGUACACCUCCCGGCACGAGCGAAGCCGCAGCCCCGCCGCUCUGCCCAGCACCUACAGCCUGGACACCAUGCCCAAAUUUGCCUUCUCCUCAGAGGAUGAAAGCCCUUGCGUGGCAUCCUCCAAGCCGGAGAGACCCAAGUUUGUGCUGGGAGACCCCGAUGCGGGGACCGGCAGCGCGGUGAAGCCGGCGGCGUUAUCGGCUGAUCUCGUCAGCCUGAACCGCAUCCGCUUGCGGAGCAACAGCACCGGCACCAAAAACUCGGCUCCCCGGAGCCUGGAGCCGGGCAAGAGCCGUCGGUUGAGCAGCCAGAAGGACGUGCCAGAUCGGCAGAGAACCUCCCAGGGUGGCCGUGUCCCCAAAUCUGCCUCCGUCUCAGCCCUGUCCCUCAUCAUCACAUCAGAUGACUUCGGUGGUGGUGCCUUGAUGAGCCCUAUCUCUCCCCACUCCCUCUCCUCCAACCCCUCUUCCCGGGACUCCUCCCCGAGCCGGGACUCGUCCCUCGCCAUCGCCAGCCUGCGACCCCCCAUCAUCAUCCACAGCUCGGGCAAGAAGUACGGCUUCACCCUGCGAGCCAUCCGCGUCUACAUGGGGGACAGCGACGUCUACACCGUCCACCAUAUGGUCUGGAGCGUGGAAGAAGGGAGCCCGGCGCAGGAAGCAGGGCUGAGAGCUGGUGAUCUCAUCACACAUGUGAACGGCGAAUCCGUGCUGGGUUUAGUUCACCGGGACGUCGUCGAGCUGCUGCUGAAGAGUGGGAAUAAAGUGGCCCUGAGGACCACUGCCCUGGAGAACACCUCCAUCAAAAUCGGCCCCGCUCGGAAAAACAGCUCCAAGACGAGGAUGGCGAGGAGGAGUAAGAAGAGCAGGAAAAGGGAUGGCCAGGACAGGAGAAAAUGCCUUUUCAAGAAGAUCUCCAAGCAGUCCUCGGUCCUGCACACCAGCCGCAGCUUCUCCUCGGGUCUCCAUCACUCCCUCUCCUCCAGCGAGAGCCUCCCGGAGUCCCCCACGCACAGCCUGUCCCCGGGGCCCACCACCCCCUGCCGCAGCCCCGCUCCCGAUCUCCCCCCAGAUGCUGUGUCCCCACAGAGCACCUCUCCAUCCUCCAGCACCCCAACGUCACCCGCCGGCCACGUGCGCCCCAGCUCCCUGCACGGGCUGGCGCCCAAAUUGGGGGGGGCGGCCCGCUACAAAGUGGGACGGCGCAAAUCCACCAGCAGCAUCCCCCCCUCGCCCCUGGCCUGCACCCCUUCCUCCUCCUCCCAGCGCCCACCUUCUCCCCAGCGCUCCCCAUCCCCACUCCCGGGGUACCCCAAAACCCCUCAUUCCUUCCAGGGCAAGACCCUGUCCCCCCCCACCAUCGUCCGGCAGAGCUCGCGGCCCCGCAGCGCCGACUGCCCCCGCUCCCCCCUCCUCAAGCGCGUCCAGUCGGCCGAGAAGAUCGUCACCGUCCUGGCGGAGAAGAAGACAGGGGGUGGUGGCCGAAAGCUGGGGCUGGAGGUGACCACCAUGGACGGGGAGACCACGAUGGAGGGCGAAGCGUUGGCGUACCCCGGGGAGCACGGGUAUCACCCCGCCAGCUCCCGGCUGGGGGAGAGGCACGAGAGGGACCAGGAGAUGGUGGUCAUGAGGCGCUUGAACCUCUCCGAGCGGCGGGACUCCUUCAAGAAGCAAGAAGCCGUUCAAGAAGUGAGUUUUGAUGAACCGGAGGCGACGACGGCGGCGAGUGAUGAUGGUGGGAAGAGCGAAGGCAGGCAGGGCACAGCUCUCUGGUGUGGUGCCACGGAGCCCAGGCCCAAACCCAACCAGGUGCCACAAAUCGCGGUGCAGGGCUCCGAGAGCGAUGAGCAGGAUCCAACAGUGGCUGAGUGGGAAUGCCAAGGCUCCUACCCCAUGGGUGACGCCGAGCCCCGGGACGGCAGCAUCUCCUCACCACCAUGGGAUGGCCACGAGCACGGGGAGCGUGGCUCCCGGCGGCACUGGGACUGCGGGGUGAGAGCCACCAGCCACCGGCAACCCCCACGGGGCCAGGAGCCGGGGGGUGCUCAGCUCCCAGCACCCCGGGGUGGCACAUGGAGGGGGGCCGAGCAUCCCUGAACCCCCCCACGCCAUCCCCUGAACCCAUCCCAGCGCCUCCCCAAAAAAAACCCCAUCCUGCCCGGCAGAGCCGUCAGAGAAACGUCCCCGGAGCCAUUUUGGACAUCGGCGCUGGCUGCGCCCCGAAGUUUCCACCGACCCUCCUGCUAUAUC